AUACAUUUUUUUUGUCAGCAGUAGUUUUUUUUUUUGGUGUAAAAUAAUUUUCACUGAUUUAUUGUGCAUAUAUUAAUGUCAACAAAACAAGUAUACUUGGCGAGAAAAAAACAUAAAAAGAGAAAAACGCAAAAUACCUUAACGUAAUUGAAAGCGUUAAGUGACGUGCAAUUGCGUGAGCUGUGAGUUUUGUUGUUAUUGUUGUUGUGGCUGUUGCCACUGCACAGAGAUAGACAGAGACAAAACAAUACGACAUGGAGGAUCGCAUGAUGGCCCACACUGGCGGCAUGAUGGCGCCCCAGGGCUACGGCCUGCCCGGCCAGGAUGAUGGCCAAAAUGCUGGCAAUGAGAACGAGGUGCGCAAGCAAAAGGACAUCGGCGAAAUACUGCAACAGAUCAUGAGCAUUUCGGAGCAAUCCCUGGACGAGGCCCAGGCCAGAAAGCACACACUCAACUGUCAUCGCAUGAAGCCGGCGCUAUUCUCCGUCCUAUGCGAGAUCAAGGAGAAAACCGUGCUUUCCAUUCGCAACACGCAGGAGGAGGAGCCGCCAGAUCCGCAACUGAUGCGUCUGGAUAACAUGCUCAUUGCCGAGGGCGUGGCCGGGCCCGAAAAGGGCGGCGGCGGCGCCGCAGCCGCCUCAGCAGCGGCCGCCAGCCAAGGCGGCUCGCUGUCCAUCGAUGGGGCGGACAAUGCCAUCGAGCAUUCGGAUUAUCGCGCCAAGCUCGCGCAGAUCCGACAGAUCUAUCACCAGGAGCUGGAGAAAUACGAGCAGGCCUGCAAUGAGUUUACCACGCAUGUCAUGAACUUGCUGCGCGAGCAGAGUCGCACCAGACCCAUCACACCCAAAGAAAUCGAGCGCAUGGUGCAAAUAAUCCACAAGAAAUUCAGCUCGAUUCAGAUGCAGCUAAAGCAAUCGACCUGCGAGGCGGUCAUGAUAUUGCGUUCCAGAUUCUUGGAUGCGCGCCGAAAGCGUCGCAAUUUCAGCAAACAGGCAUCCGAAAUACUCAACGAGUAUUUUUACAGUCAUUUGAGCAAUCCGUAUCCAUCCGAAGAGGCCAAGGAGGAGCUGGCGCGCAAGUGCGGCAUAACUGUGUCGCAGGUAUCCAACUGGUUUGGCAACAAGCGCAUUCGCUAUAAGAAGAACAUUGGCAAGGCCCAGGAGGAGGCCAAUCUGUAUGCAGCGAAAAAGGCGGCCGGCGCCUCGCCCUACUCCAUGGCCGGGCCGCCCAGUGGCACAACCACGCCCAUGAUGUCGCCCGCACCGCCACAGGACUCGAUGGGCUAUCCCAUGGGCUCCGCCGGCUACGAUCAGCAGCCGCCCUACGAUAACACCAUGGGCGGCUAUGAUCCCAAUUUGCAUCAGGAUCUUAGCCCUUGAGGAUAGGCUGCCAAAAAGAAAAAAAAACAGCUACAAGUAGACAGUUUAUUAUGUUUUAAUCCACCCCCCCACUUUUUUUUUUGCUUAUUCCUGUAAAAACGUGUACAUGUGUAUCGAUAAAUGUGAUUGUGUCUCUCUGUGUGUGUGUGUGUGUGUAGCCUACAAUCAAUUAUGUAUACGAUUAUGUCUUAAUUAUGAAUAACAAACAAAAUGUAAGAAAUGCAACAAAAGAAACACACAGUUGCUUAAGCUAAAGCAACAAGAAACACACACACACACACACACACACACACACACACAUGUAUACAUACACAUACGCAUGCACAGUGGGCCUCAGUCUAUUUGUUGGCACGCAUCAAAUCUAAUAUAUUUAAAAGUCGAAUCAUUUUUGUAAGCAAAUCAGCCAUGGAAAUGAGAAAAAUGUCAUUUUGAGCAGCGUGUUUUUUUAAUGUCACGUACAUUUUCUAAUUCCUAAAAAAAAAGCAAGAAAACAAAGAGACUAAACAUAAAAUUUCAAUCGAAAAGAACACGCUCUUCGUACUGACAUUAUUCUCUAUAAAUCAACAAUUGAUUAGAUACUAAAUAAAUAUAUCUUCUUUUUUGCGCGCAGCAAAUAGAUUGUUGCCCACUGUGCAAUGCAUGCAGUAUUGCCAAUUCAGCUACUUUCUAGCUAAAUUCGGCUAUUUUCAGAGCUCCUAUAGCCGAAAAGAGCCGAAAGCUUAAAUCGUUUUAGCCAUUUGCCUUGGCUGUUUAUUGCCAACGGCUAAAUCAGCUGUUUUGGCUGCUUUUGGCUGUUUUUUUAAAUUUUUUUUUUUUAUAGCUACUUUUAACUUUGCGACAGUUGGCAACACUGUACAUACAAGCCACACAAUUCAUUAAAAUUGAUAAUAAAUGAAAGUAAACGAGAAAAACGAACGUAACGAAAAUUGUAAUUUGCACAAUUAAUAAACAAAUUUGUAUACCAUAAUUAAGUUGAAACAAAACGACAAGAAGAAACAUGUAUACGAUGUAAAUCAAAUUUAACAUACAAAGAUUUUCCUUCCAAUCCCAAAAGAACACGAGAACAAAAAGGAAAACAUUUUCCGAGUUUUCAUUAUCAUGUUACGAACGGGAAUAAAGAGGAUUGAGACAAGAACAAGAAACACAAGAAAAAUUGAUAAUUCAAAAAGUUUCUCUCUCUAUUUGACGGAGCAAGUUUUGUAAUAACAAAUAAAGUAAAGAAAACAAAAACUAUUUCUAAAAAAAAAACAGUCUAUAUAUACGUAAAACUACAUAACUAUAAAUCUUUUAGAACAAAUACAAAACAAACAAACAAACAAUGCUAUACUAUAAUAAUAAUAA